CCCUGAGCAGCAGCACUGUGAGCAGGAGUGGAGUCCCAGUCUGGGGCAGGAGGACCCAGAGACCAAACAGAUUAAAGAGGAACAGGAGGAAGUCAGGACCAGUCAGGAGGAAGAGCAGCUUCAAGGGGUGGAGCCUGAUAUCAUAGAGUUCAUAUUUACUCCUCCUUGUGUGAAAAGUGAAUGUGAUCAGGAGGACCCACGUCAAGAUCCCAUACUUGCUGAACACCCAACUCUCAGUCCACUGAAAAUGUCUAAACUACAGUCGUUUCAAGAGUUUUUAAAUGAGCGUUUAACGGCGUUUGCUGCUGUGGAGAUUUCCGGGGCAUUUGCUAAAGCAGUAUCGGAGUACCAAGAGGAAAAUGAUCGGCUACGGAGACUGCUGCGGAUCACACCAGAGAUACAACUAUGUAGAAUAGGUUUGUAUGUACAGAAACUGAAAGACUCCCUGCAGCUCUCUGAAGAGGAGGUUCCCCCUGAGCAGCAGCACUGUGAGCAGGAGUGGAGCCCCAGUCUGGGGCAGGAGGACCCAGAGCCCACACAGAUUAAAGAGGAACUCGGGACCAAUCAGGAGGAAGAGCAGCUUCAAGGGCUCUUUGAUACCAAAGACUCCAUAUUCACUCCUUCCUGUGUAAAAAGUGAAUGUGAUCAGGAGGACCCACUUCAGUCCUUGACUCUUCCCCAAACCCAGACUGUGGAGAACAGAGAGAGUCAUUCUAAACCUGUGGAUCCCAAGCCUUUGUCUAAGCACAUGAGGAUUCACACAGGAGAGAAACCAUUUAUCUGUGGUGACUGUGGGAAGAGCUUUAUUCGGAAGGCGCACCUAACCAGGCAUAAACUGACUCACACAGGAGAGAAACCAUUCAGCUGUGGUGACUGUGGGAAAAGCUUCCGUCUCAAAGGGAACCUAACCACUCAUAAACUGACUCACACCAGAGAGAAAUCAUUUAGCUGUGGUGACUGUGGGAAGAGCUUCCGUCUCAAAGGGAACCUAACCACUCAUAAACUGACUCACACAGGAGAGAAACCAUAUAGCUGUGGUGACUGUGGGAAAAGCUUCAAUCGUAAGGUGAGCCUAACUGAACAUAAACUGACUCACACAGGAGAGAAACCAUUUAGCUGUGGUGACUGUGGGAAAAGCUUCAUUCGGAAGGUGCAUCUAACUGAACAUCAACUGACUCACACAGGAGAGAAACCAUUCACCUGUGAUGACUGUGGGAAAAGAUUUAUUCAGAAGAGGGACCUGAGGAGACAUAUACUGAUUCACACAGGAGAGAAACCAUUCACCUGUGGUGACUGUGGGAAAAGCUUCAAUCGGAAGGGGCACCUAACCAUGCAUAAACUGACUCACACAGGAGAGAAACCAUUCACCUGUGGUGAAUGUGGGAAAAGCUUCAAUCGGAAGGGGCACCUAACCAUGCAUAAACUGACUCACACAGGAGAGAAACCAUUCACCUGUGGUGACUGUGGGAAGAGCUUUAUUCAGAGGAGGGACCUAAGGAGGCAUAUACUGAUUCACACAGGAGAGAAACUAUUUAGUUGUGGUAACUGAGG